AGGCGCGUUAGAAGAGCGCGGGAGAGUAGGCUUAUAGCCCACUAAUGCAGUGUUUGCGAUCCGUGAUUCCCGCAUGGCUGAUCCACGGACGCGUCACGCAGCGCGUUCUGUUAAAUGCAUAAUGCGAUUUAAUUCCCGUUUGUCCAUUCCUCAACCUGUCUCCACGCGCUCGCGAUGGUCUUAAGGUGAAAUUACGUCAUUCUAGGUGGAAACAAAGACGAGUUGAGCGCUCUGAGCUCCAUCAGAUGGAGAGAGAGCAGCUCCCUCACCAAACUCCCCCCUGCAAUCCGGAUGGGAUACAGAUGAAGAGAGGCCAUUCCAUAGCAUUCCCAAUGGUCAGGUGGACGCGGGGAUUUAUGAUGCUGAUGCUGUGCCGUGCAACUGCAAAGAAAUGUCUGUGGAUUAAUAAUGCACUUCUGAGUUAAAACAUCGCUGUCCAGUUUUUCCCCCGCUGUCGAUCCAGAAGACAGCAGAUGGGACCGUUGAAUAGAUCGGAGGGACCAAAUGCACAGUGGAGUCCAAAUCCAUAGGCUGUCCUUUCCUCACAAAAUCAAGAAUCGAAACGACAAUGGAUGCCAUGCCAGAGUACUCCCUCUUCCUUGUGAGGAUUUUGGAGGAACUGGAUACUAAGUACAGUACCGUUUCGUACCAGGACCUUUGUAAGUCUCUGUGUGCCAGGUUUGACUUGGUCCAUUUGGCUAAGCUGAGGAGUCUGCUGUUCUACACAGCAUGCUUGGAUCCAGCUUUCCCCGCAACCCUAUUCAAAGACAAGAUGAGGUGCUCGGUUGAGGACCAACAGUCCAAGAAGCUCAUGGUGGCGGCGGACAUUGUAACCAUGUUUAAUCUCAUCCAGAUGAAUGGAGGUAUGGCCAAAGACAAGCUGCCAAUGGCUCCGAGACCUAAGUUUCAUAAGAACCAGUCUUUUGAGUCCUGUCGAUCUGACACGGAUGUGUAUAAAUUCAACGAUAACGACAGGGGGUACAACCUCUUGGACACCAGGGGUCAUCACGUCUCUCGGAAGUCACCCUGCCCAAAAUCUGAUUGCAACAACUGCCAGCAGUUUAUACCAACCUCAGAACCCAACUUCCUCUUGGGAGUCACCAAGGAUCUGAAAUGUAGGGCAGCAUCGCUGGAUAAACUUCAGCAUCUGCCACAGUACCCCAGCGUCAGUCCUCCUCCGUGCGAGAUGCAGAGCACUUACUUCCCCAUGGACAUCGACAGCGAGUCUACAACGGACCAGGAAUCUCUCCACGCCAACCCAGGGAUCAAGGAUGUUUUCGUGUCCAGCAGAGAGCCUUUCACCGUGCACUCGUGCGUGCAAAAGCGGAAUAUCUUCAAAGAGGAUUUCCACAACCUUGUUGCCUUUUCACCCCACGUGAUCACUGCGGAGUGCAGAGCGAAUCCCAAAGCUGGUGCUGAGUACCACCACAGGAGGGAGCUGAGCAAGCCUCCCACUUUCUUUAAUCACAGUUUCGAGCUGCCGUACAGCAACCCUUACUUUGAACCCGUCAGCUCGCCCAUUCAGAACAAAACACGGGUGAAGCACGAGAGCCUGGACGACUUGCAAGCAUCCACUUACUUUGGACCUACGACGGUCUCUGAGUGUGUGAGCAACAGGAGGGCUUCUAGCAAGCAUGGAAAGCAGCCAGCCUGGCCUGUCAAGAGCUUGAGUCUCAAUACCGAAGAAGGUCCUGACUUCGAGAGGUCCUUUUUGAAUGGUAAAGUGGCUAAGGACAAUCACCGUCAUAACGUCAGCAACAUGGAAAAUGACCAGCACUUUCAGUGUGCAAAGGACAAGCCCACUGCCUCUCCCUCAGGUUUCCCCAAGAAGUCCAAUGGAGCCAAAACAAAAGAGAUGACUUCUGUGGCUUGCGGACCUAAUGUUGAGAAACGAGAGGUUGGGAAAAGGUACAAGGACAAGAGCAUAAACUGUCCAUCGUUUCAGACGAGCAAUGUGGACAACGGCAUGAGCGUUGGGACCCAGACGGAACAAUCCGAAACUAGGAAAGCGAAGGAUUACGCCGGUCACAACAAAUAUGGUGAGAGGCCGCCUUUUAAACACUCAGAUGAGGACUCUGAGAUUGUCAGCGACGAUAUCAGUGACAUCUUUCGCUUUCUGGAUGACAUGAGCGUUUGUGGCUCUCUUGGAGUCGUGCAGUCAUCGUGCUACAACAGCAACGGCUCACUGUCUCAGGUGGCGAAGUCAGAUGGGGACAGCUCACCUGAACACAACACCAUCAAGAUUGGGAAAACCGGCAUCAAGCUCGACCGCCUCUUCCAGUCACUGGAGAACUCGGAUGAUGAGCUCAAAGAGAGCGUCUGCAAACUGGUACUCAGGAUUGGCGAGAUCGAAAAGAAGCUUGAAUCUCUUUCAGGAGUGCGAGGGGAGAUCUCUCAGGUCCUCUCGAAGCUUACUAGACUGGACGAGAAGAUUCAAGAACCGGAGGCUAAUGGGAAAUUGAAUGAUAACGGUCACGUGGAACAGAUUAAGACCGACGCCAGCCUCUCGCCUCGCGUUUUCCAGUGUCACACCACUGGACACAACAUGAAGGUGGAAAAAAGUCCAGAAUGGUGCUGCUCAGAGGCAGAAGGGAGCGAAAGCCUGAGGGUUAAAGCUUUAAAGAAGAGCAUGUUCACACGCAGGUCGUCCAGGUCGCUAAACGAGGAGAACAGCGCCACUGAGUCCAAAGUGGCCAGCAUUACCAACUCACCUCGAGACUGGAGGACUGUUUCUUACUCCAGUCACACGGGGGAGGAAGGGAAAGAAAGAGACCGGCAUAGUGAAGGCAAGGACAGACAUAGGAAACCCAGAGAGACAGAUCGACAGUAUGACGCCCACCAGGCCCACCGCUCCUCAAAGCCGCCCAAGGACUCCUACCUGGUGGAGCAGGUGUUCAGCCCACACCACUUCCCUCCCGCCAUCAAGUCUCACGUGAAGGGCAGCCCUCUCUACACGGACCUGCGGCUGACCGGCCUCGCCGACGGCAAGCGCUCCCAGCCCUCCUGGACCAUCGAAGAGUACAAACGCAACUCAGGAGACAAGAACAAGCUCAGCGCCUUGGACCUGCAGGUCCAGGAGUCACUCAACCCCAACAAUCUGGAGUACUGGAUGGAGGACAUCUACACGCCGGGCUACGAUUCGCUGCUCAAGCGCAAGGAGGCGGAGUUUCGCAGAGCCAAGGCGUGUAAAAUCGGCGCGUUGAUCGCUGCGGCCGCCUGCACUGUGAUACUGGUCAUCGUAGUGCCCAUUUGCACCAUGAAGUCUUGAGGUUUCUAUUGCUUUUUUCUGUCGGAUGGUGUUCGUUUCACUCGGACAAACAUGGGACUUCAUUUGCAGAGGUCUGUAAUUAGGAUUGAUCUCAGCCACCGGCCUUAGACUUUCCUGGAAUGUCAAGUGAAAUAUAUCACAACAAAGAGUUAAGGAUUGCAAUUCGACGUGUCUUUUUUAUUUACCGUAGUCAAUAUUUAUAACUUGACUAAAUGAUUUGUUAUGUAGUAGAUAGCCUUACUUAAAGGCUCGGAGAUGCACCCUUGUUUUAUAGUACAGAAUAUAAUCUACCGAUAUGUUUUAUGUCUGUUUCUUUUUCUGGUAUUGCAAUAGAAACUAAAGGGAAAGCUUUAUGUUUAAGCGCAUUAUAUUUUUUACUUUACUAUGAUUACGAGAAUUUUAACGAGAGUUAUUUUUCGAUGAAUACACCGACAGAAUGUUUUAAAGGCGAGUUGGAUUUAUCUUUGGAAAUCACUGGAAUGUUUGGGCUCGUGCAAUGCCUUUUUAUAAGGAAUAUAUAUUCAGAUUGCGCAAAUAUAGUUCAUGUGUGCAUUCAGUAAGGAGCAGUUCAGCCGAAAAUGAAAAAUCUGUCAUUGUUUAUUCACGCUUAUGUCGAAACUUACGUGCUUUCCAUUGAUUUUUCCAUUAAAAGUAGUUCAUGUGAUUUGUGAAACAUUUCAAUAAAUAAGCACUAACAAGCCCAAAUGCACAACUGGAAUCCAAAACAUGACAGAAUUUUCAUUUUUAGGCAAAUUAUUCCUUAAUAUUGAGGGGUUUUGAUUGUACAAUGUGAGGACCGUAAAAUGACUCUAUUAAUGAUAUUUAUUCAUUUUGUUUGAAUAGUGACGUGUGACUUCAUUUACUUUGGAUUGGUUCUGUAUUAACGCCAAUACAGCAUUUCAGAAACUAUUAUACCACAGUACAUAGCUGCUUUCUCUUUGAUUGUGAUUAUAUAUACUUUGCCUUGUUCUAUCAUAACUAAUCAUAAUACUGUAUACUUGAAUUGCCAAAUCACUUUCAACUAGCUCAGUUUUUCUCUAAAAGUCGAAUGUUUUUCUUCUAAAGAUCUAAAAUUGGACCUGACGAUGAAAACUGUGAACUUACCUUAAUGAUGUUCACGUUUGAUGCUCUUUACACUCGUUGUAGGAGUGAUUCUUCUGAGAAGUCAAGCUGUAGGGCUGUUGAGUGAAAGCCGCCUGUUAGUCGGAAACAAUAUUGCACUCAGGCCUUGUUCUAAAAGUAAUGAGCUGCAUUGCUUGUCUACCGCCUACAUAGGCAGCUGUCUUCUAAGGCAGCAUCCUAACUGAAAUGGAUUGAAACAAAGCAUGUUGGCCUUUGGAACAGCCUGUGAUGCCUUAUAUGCUGUCUAUGUAAUCAGCUCACUAGGUUUUGGAACAAUGCCUGAGCAACAACAGAAAAAACAUUGUGCAAAACCACUGAUUUUCGCAAGUUUUUCUUUUAUCAUAAAUCUGUGGAUGUUAUAAGGAAUAGAGUGCUGCAGGAAUGAGUUUAAACAAGCAUUUUAGCACUUCUGGUUCCGGUCUUUUAUUUAGUGGCUUUUUUAAAUUUUUUUAAUUUUUUGGUUAAAUGUCUGAAAUAAGCUAUUUAAGCUAUAACACAAGCUAACAUCAAGUUAUUUACAUGUUUUAUUAGAUGAUUUUUUUUUUUAAAGGAGACCUUUUAUGUCCCUUUUCACAAUAUGUAAUAUAAGUCUCAGGUGUCCCCAAAAUGUGUCUGAAGUUUCUGCUCAAAACACCCCAUGGAUCAUUUCUAAUAUCAUUUUGAAAAUGCCUAUUUUGGGUGGAAGCAGAAACACGCUGUUUUCGUGCAUGUCUCUUUAAAUGCAAAUGAGCUGCUGCUCUCCGCCCCCUUUUCCAGAAUAGAGCUGUGCUUCAACAGCUCGUACCUCAGAUAUUCUGCCAAAAAAAAGAUCUGUUUGGUUUUGAUUAUCAUGUCUGUUGUGCUGAAAUUGUGUAUUCUAAACCAUAUUAAAUUAAACUUCUGAUGUACAGUUUUCUGAGCGCACACAUUUGAAGCAAACGCACAGAAAGCGGCUGUCACACAGCAUAUGAGUACUAAACUAAGUUCUCUUUUAUGUCUUAUUGUGCUUAAACUGUCAAAUACACACAAGCUUAUGUUAAAAACACAAAAAGUCUGUGAAGGUUAACAGCUGGGAAAUAGAUUGCAUGUUUAUAUAGUAGAUUUGUGUGGCAGCAGCGUAACAUACAGUAAAUAAAUCAAUAAAUCACUGCUGUCUUGUCUUUUCUAAGGCUGGGACAUGCCGUUACUGGUACACCGUUGUCGCUUGCAAAACCACAAUGGCAGCGCUGUGGGUGGAAGCGUACAGAUUAAGGGAUGGUAAUAUUAUAAGAAGAUACCCUUACCACAUCAUGGGGGAACGAAAUCUGAACAGCUUGUUUUUUGAUAUGCUUGCAGAAAAAGGCUUUCCAAAAAAAAAAAAUGACUGGGUUGUCCUUUUUCACAUUUUCUGGGUUGGUAGAUGCACUGGGGACCCGAUUAUAGCACUUAAACACGGAAAAAGUCAGAUUGUCAUGAUAUGUUACCCGAAGCUUUUACUUUUUUAAAAAGCCAAUUGCUAACAAGUGGCUAAAUGGGACUACAGAGGUUGUUUUGGACACUGAAUAUCAUUAUGGCAAACGGGUGAACUCAUCUACUCACUACUCAGCUUUUGCAGCCACAUUUUAUUUAUAAUCAUGCUCUUGCAAAUUAUUCACUCAGAUUUUCUAACCUUUACACUUUUUAAGAUUAAAAAAAGCUUAGUGGUGGUGAUGCUGACGACAUGCAAACAUAUUGUACUUCAUUUACAGCCUUCAAUAGCUUUUUACUUCUGGUGCUUGUAUUUAGACUUCAUAAAUGCUGUGUUAAUUGUUGAAGAUUAUCUUAAUGAACAAAUUGUAGAAGAAUCAUACACUUUUGUUGGUCAUAGAGCUUAUUUUGUGCAUUAAUCCAAAAGGCAGUGGAAAAAUCCUAUUGGGUUUUUGUUAAGGGGACCAGGGUGAUGCUGAUUUCUGGAUUGGCCUACAAAAAUACUCAUCCCUGCAGCACUUUAUGACCACUGUUAAUCACAUAACAGUGCAUUACUUGUACCCCGACCAAAUCAAUGGUUUGUCUUUAUAGUCUGUUAUAUCACAGCAAAAAGUUUCCAUGAAACUUAAAGAAGUUCACUUCCAGAACAGAAAUUUACAGAUAAUGUACUCACCCCCUUGUCAUCCAAGAUGUUCAUGUCUUUCUUUUUUCAGCCGUAAAGAAAUUGUUUUUUGAGGGAAACAUUUCUGCAUUUUUUUUUUCCAUAUAAUGGACUGGUAUGGUGCCCUGAGUUUGAACUUCCAAAGUGCAGUUUAAAUGCAGCUUUAA